AUGACUUUUAAUAUGUGCAAAACAGAUGGUUAUCCCAUAAACUGGCCACAACGUCGUUUACAAAUCAUUGAAUGUAUGACAGCAUUUACACCUGAUAUCCGAUGUAUACAGGAAUUACAUCCAUUAUUACAUGAUACUCUUAUAGAAGCAUUACCAACUCAUGCAUUUAUACAAGAUGAUUUUUCUGGUUGGCAAUAUGAAGGUAAUAUAUAUUGGAAUUCUAACACGUUCAAUAUGUUAGAAUAUGGAAUGGUUGAUAUGGUAUCUACAAAUCAAAAUGAACAACAAAGACAAUUAUUUGUGGCAACUGCUCAUUAUACUUGGGAAGGUCAUGGAGAAGAGCGUAAAACAGGUAUCAAUUUACGUAAACAACAAACACGUUGCACUGUAACUGCUUUAGAAGAUUUGAUAGGUAAAUUUAAUAAUCCUCAUUUAGUUGUGUUGUUUAUGGGUGAUUUAAAUGAAAAUUAUCAUCCACGACGAAUUUUACGUGAAGCUGGUUAUGUUGAUUGUUUUGCUGAAUUACGAUUACCAACUCCAAUCACACAUCCUGAACGUUCUAGUGAACCUAAAGAAGAUAUUCAAGUUGGGACAACAUUAGAUUGGAUAAUGUAA